AUGGUGGAGACCAAGCAUCAACUCGAACCUACAAUAUUCCCCGCGAAGCGCAAACCCGAUCUCAAAGCUCCUGAACGCGAUUCUUCAACACCCGACGACAAAGACAUCAAACUUGAGGCCGAUCCACUCGCCGAAUUCGGAGACGAUGAUUACGAAGAUGAUGAUGAAAAUGACGAGAAUGAUCGUGGGGAAGCUGAGGUGGACAGAAAGGGGAAGGGAAUAGUGAGGGAUGACAAGGGCAAAGGCAAAUUGAAGGUGGAAGAAGAAGAUGCUGAUGAUGACGAAGACGAUGAUAGAGGUAGCGGGAUUGAUAUAUCCAAUAGUGAAAGCGAUUUAUUAGACGAUCCACUAGCGGAGGUCGAUUUAGAUAACAUUCUUCCGUCCAGGACUCGGAGGCGGAUGGUUUAG